AUGGAACAUCUGAAGUUAGUUCUGCAGUAUUUUCAGUUCAACUCCAAGUCUAUAUCAAAUGGAAUAUGCAUCGUACUGGCCCUGAUCAGUGUGAAGCUCUAUACCAGCUUUGACUUCAACAGCCCCUGUAUUUCACAAUACAACGAACUCUACGCACUGGGAGGGAUGUUUGUCCCGCCUUUAAUAUUCUUCUUCCUGGGAAUCUUGGUCAAUCGACCCACAGGAGUCAUGAUGAAAGAAUGAUUGAGACCCAUUGGGAAGAGAAGCAAAGAUCCUGCCAUUGUCAAGUGAGUUUUCAAGUGCUGCUGUCAAACCACCUCAUGUUCCUGUGUUUAUUACCACACCAUUACCACUACCAUCACAGCUUUUAGUCCAACAACUACUGCUGCUUCCUGUAAUUAUUGGGAUGUUAUAACCCUCUGCAGGUACAUGUUCUCUGCCAUGAUGCGGAGGGCUCUACUGGCGCCAAUGGUGUGGAUUCUGGUCACUCUGCUAGAUGGGAAGAUCUUCAUCUGUGCUUUCAGCGUGAGUAGACCCCAAGCCGUUCUCUGGUAGCUAUAACCACAACACCUUUUAAUUACAGUAUAACCUUAACUCAUAGCACUGCAUCUCUUAUUCUGACUUUGACCCAAACCCUCACCCAGAGUAAAACUAGUCUUGUCCAGUCUAGUCUUGUAACAUUCCAACUUUAACUUAGUUGUACUCUAUUCUUUCACAGGCAUGCCCAACAACACUGGCCUGGACCUGGACAAGCUCAUGGCCAAGGUGCCCUGCAAGGAGGACAUGGUCUUCAGGAACAGCACAUUUCGUAAAGCUGUUUAA